CAUAAAUUAAUAUAUGAAAUAAGAGAAACCAAAUUUUCUGACCACACCGGUUUAACUGGGACACUAGAUUAAAAAGGAAGGUUUAAUGGGAUCAGGUUCCUUGUCCCUGCUAGAGAAAACCAGCCCACAGCAUGAUUCAGCCUUUAUCAUGUUCAGAGGUUCUAAGCCUUUUUUGCCAUCUCGUUUUCUGCAUGUUAGGCCAUAAAAAAACAUUUAUCUCUCCUCCGACCAGCGCACCUGUUUUUGCGUGUUUGCUGUGCUCCCUUAAUGGCUUGAGGGCCGUCUUCCAGCCCCCCCACAGAGGUCCGAUCUCCCGGUUCUGGACAAAGUUCUCCAGUGGGUCAGAAUGACAGACUGACAUUGAGGAUUACGUGACUCAUGAAAGCAGGCGAUUCCUCUGGAUUCAUCAAGGGGUCCUGGAGUAGAGCAAAAGAUAUGGACAAUGUACUAUAAAGAUAUUUUAAAAUAAAUGCAUAUAUUGCUGCUUACGUAUGUUUUUUUGUGUAGAAUCCUAAUAAAAUAUGCCGAGGGUUUUGGUUGCAGUGUGAUCGUAUGUAAAAGGUGGGAUAUUGCAGGGCUGUUUGUGCUGAACCGGCCUGUUUGCUGAAUCCUCUUGGCUCGCUGAGCGUCUGCCCACCCUCAGUGCUCGCUGGCAGCCCAGCUGGACGCGCAGGGCAGCCUGUGCCAACACAGCUGCCUAUUGAGAGGCGGCGUUACAGACACAAUGUGAGCCACAGACUUGCUGUAUCAACAGCUCCCCCUUUUCUGCUGCUGUGGUCAGAAAUAAACCAUAAAUACCCCCCCUCCUCCCCUCUGCCCUCUAAUGCCUCGACCCCAUCAAACGCCAAGUGGCACCAAGUAAGAGGGACGCUACCACUUCCUCGUAGGCAUACCCAGUGGAGGAGCAGCGGACCAGGAGGAUGUCGGACCAGCAGAACGCCACAGAUCAGCUGGCUGCUGGGAAGAGCCAGGGUGGAGCUGGAGUCGCAUAUAAGGUGGUCGUGUUUGAGUUUGAGAACUUCCAGGGCUGCAAGGCGGAGUUUUCUGCAGAGUGCAAAGACGUAACAGAGAAAGGACCGGAGAAGGUCGGCUCUGUGAUCGUGGACUCAGGGCCCUGGGUGGGUUAUGACGGGCAUGGCUUCAAAGGAGAGCAGUUCAUUCUGGAGAAAGGCGAGUAUCCACGCUGGGACACCUGGACCAACAGUCAGCGCAGCUUCUCCCUGCUGUCCUUGAGGCCCCUGAAGGUGGAUGGUGUUGAACACAAGCUGCACCUCUACGAGAACCCUGGCUUCACCGGCAGGAAGAUGGAGAUCGUGGAUGACGACGUGCCGAGCCUGUGGGCCCACGGCUUCCAGGACCGGGUGGCCAGCCUCAAGGCUCUGAACGGAACGUGGGUGGGCUACAUGUACCCAGGCUACAGGGGGCAACAAUACAUUUUUGAGCGAGGGGAUUUCAAGCACUGGAACGACUGGGAGGCGCCCUCUCCCCGGAUCCAGUCUGUCCGACGGGUGCGGGACAUGCAGUGGCACAAGAAAGGGUGUUUCAUCCAUCCUGCCCCAGCCCCCGUCCCAGACCCCGAUCCGGCCCCAGCACCGGCUCCUCCUGCCCCCCCUGCGACAGCCAGGGCCAGCUGAGCGUCCCCCUCCCUCAUCAACCCAAACAUGACAAACGCUGUUGUUGCCCGGCGACGAGUGCCAUGUGCGUUUUAGUGGCCAAUAAAGGUUGUUUGACCUGGAA